UUAGGCCAGCUGCUGGAAUCCAGUUGCGCAGCUUGAAUACUGCCGAUGCUGCAACCAUAAAUGAGAACUGGCCCUAUGGCUCCAAGGAUUCUGUGCAGUUUGUCAAGCGUCUGAUAGACUACAAUGUUUCAAUUGGUGCCUAUGAUGCCCAUGGCAAAUUGUCAGCCUGGUGCUUAAGAUUGCCAAUUGGUGCGCUGGGCUUGCUGCAAGUCAUGGAAUCUCACAGGCGCCUCGGCUUAGGCAGUUUGAUGGUGCGCGUUUUAUCCAGGAAAAUUUCUGAAUUGGGCGAAGAGGUCUUGGCACCUGUUGUCACGGAAAACACGCCGUCGCGGAAAUUGUUUGAGCGACUGGGCUUUCAGAAAGUUGAUAACGUCUAUUGGACUGGCUAGAAAGUUUUAGUUGCCUUCACAUAAACGGAUAAACAAACUAAAAAAAAUAAAACUGUGAAUACGCACCAUCAAUAUGGAAAUCUAAGAGUCCACAAGAGAACUUUUACUGUAUCGCAACCAUUGUCAUAUGCUGCGAGUUCUUCACUUUUGGCACGGUUUCUUUUGAAGAGCUUUGAAUAAUCGAUGGACACACAUAAAUUUGACGCCAGCAAAUUUGCCUGGGUCACGGUCACUCUCGUUGGUCGCCAGAUGAAUAUUAAUAGCAUUGCAGAUGUACUUUCAUAAUUGCUUCCCUUUCGGACGAUCCGCAACAAAAUGUUCUCUGAGAGAGUUUGCGGACUGGACUCUCCCAAUUUCUGUUACUGUUGCGACAAUUCGAAAAAGGGAACUUAUUUAAUAUACAACCCGUACAUAGUAAAUAAUUGCAUAAGCGCCUUUUGAAAAAGAUUUUGCCAUUCUAGAAUCAGUUCGUAAUUGCUGGAGCAAGCGUUUCGUUCUAACAAUUAAGCACAUGUUUAUAAAGAGAAAUUACUGCUAAAAUGUUGGAAUUAGUUCGCGAUGAUUGGACGCUGCUGAGAGAUUUGUAUCGAAAUGAUCGUACGAGUCUGACGGGCUAUGAUUUAAUUAAUAACUAUAUUUACUGGCCGGAUCAGGCAGAAAAUGUGAAAAUUUAUACAACAAACGAAAAUUGGCUGAAACACGGCAGCUUUGUGCUAAUUCACAGUUCCAAUGACAAGGCAGAUGUUUUCUUCAAUACGUUAAAUGGAUCUUUGUUGGAACUGCAAGCGCUGCUCAGUUCCUUGAAACUAAACAGCAGACAUUGGUUUUGCGGCUAUAGACAUCUUUUGAGAAGUAUUGUUGACAAAUAUUGUGCGGAAAGGCGUUUGAAGCUUAAGAAGUUGGAGCAUUUAGAAACAUUUGUCUAUUAUUUGCCACAAUCGGCGAUUCAACCAUUUGAUUGCCGCUUAAUUGCAGAUAUCAGUUUCGGUCCCCUGGACAUCAAACAUGCAUCUCAAGUGGAUGAGCACUGGCCCCACCGUUCAAGUGAUUCCCUAGCAUUGAUAAGCGAUCGCAUUAGAAAUAAUGUCAGCGUGGGCGCUUUCGAUAGGGACGGCCAGUUGUUGGCUUGGUGCUUGAGAUCCUUGCAAGGCGGCCUUAGCAAUUUGUAUGUUCUGCCCCCGCACAGACGUCUCGGACUGGCCUCGUUGCUGGUGCGUUUUAUGGCUCAAGAAAUUGCAGCAACAGGCGCUGAGGUUUUGGCCACAAUUGCGUUUGGCAAUAGGAUAUCACAGAUAUUUUUUGAAAAGCUAGGAUUCAAGCUCAUUGAUAAUAUAUACUUUACCACGGUGCCGGCUUAUUGAUCGAAAGUUAUGCAACUCAAAAGCAAUUAGUUUUUAAAUAUGCAUUUAAGCGAGACAUUUAGAGGCUUAAUAAAACCAAGAACAGCUCUGAGCUGGCGGGCACAGAAUAUUUUCAGAGCACUUGGUAGCUUAAGCUAAUCUUUUUAAUAAA